AUACAUCCUACCUUAUCCAGAGAACUGCAAAAUAAUCUGCGGCUCCAUGAAGCUCUCACUGUGCUCAAAAUUCCUCCAUGAAUCUCCUCAAGCUUCAAAAUCACCAUCUUACCAAACCUUCUCGACUUUCCAGAACCGCCCUUCCUUCCCUCUCCUCCUCUUUCUGUACGCAUCGCUUUCCCUCUCUCUCUUCUGCUUCACCAAUAUCCCUAUCUUGCGAUUUCGCUGAUUCCAGAAAUGGGCAUAUCAGGGCAUCAACUACCCAGACCCCAACGUGGAGCAGCAAAGAAGAAGAAAGCUCGGAGGAUUCUGAGAGGUAUGAGUACUUGGCGAAAGAUGGGGAGGUUUUUCAGAAUACCCUGAGGCUUGUGGAGACUGCUAUGUUUGCUGCUGUUUCUGGGUUAGCCUAUCUCUUGAGCAAUUCUCUUGCAAUUGAGAAUUACUUUGGAUGUUUCUUUGCACUUCCCAUAGUAAUAUCCUCAAUAAGAUGGGGUGUUGUGGCUGGAAGGAAAACAAUGGUGGCAACCGUUGUGCUACUGUUUGUCCUGUCUGGUCCAGUGAAAGCAGUUAACUAUAUGCUAAUGCACGGCUUACUUGGUUUUACCAUGGGUUCUUUAUGGAGGUUGCGCGCUAGUUGGACGCGAUCAAUCUUCUUGUGUGCACUUGCUCGGGCAAUUGGUGCUAUAGGGUAUGUGCUAUUAACCUCAUUUUUAAUAGGAGAAAACAUACUCCAGUUGAUUACCAUAAAUAUCCAUGCUUCCCUCUCAUAUGUGCUCACAUCCAUGGGCAGUAAUUCAAUUCCAACCAUGAAUGUCAUAUACACUAUUUUCGGGACUCUGCUUCUUAUCAACUCUGCUUUCUUUGUGUUAUUGCUACACAUUCUGUACGCGAUCUUCUUUGCCAAGUUUAGGAUGAAGGCUUCAUUGAGACUGCCAAAAUGGGUGGAUGUGGCAAUAUAACAGAGAACCAAAAGAUUUUCUUUUCAUUUUGCACAAUUGAUAGAUUAGAGAGAUUCAUAUGCACAAAACUACCAAGAAGGCCAUAUUUCUUUGGUCAUUUAAUUUUUUUUUACUGUAAUUACUAAAAUGCAAAUGUACAAGAUCUUGAAGCCAGUGGCAUCAAAUUAUCUGAUCUUGAUCACUUGUGCAGUUAUGUACUAUACCAAUCUUUGCAAUGUGAAUUUAGUUGAAAAAUGCAAUUUUUUGCA